AUGGGUACCUGGAAGAAGGAUUUGAUAGAGCAGAUUUUCAAUGAAGAAGAGGCUGAAAUAAUCUGCAGUAUUCCACUUAGUAGGCUGGGUAUGUUGGAUAGAAUGAUGUGGAGUGGCUCGGCUAAAGGUUUGUUUUCAGUUAAAAGUGCUUACCAUCUAGAGCACUCGAGGGUUAGAGAGGGCAAAGGUGAAUAUUCAAUGAUGGCUGAGGCUAAACAGGUUUGGGAAUCAAUCUGGAAGUUGAAUGUACAAGGGGUUGUGAAGCUUUUUUUAUGGAAAGCUUGCCAUGAUUUAUUACCCACAAGAUUGAAUUUGUUUAAGAAGCGUGUCAUUGAAUGCAACAAAUGUCCAGUAUGUGAGAAUGAAGUGGAGACAACUAUCCAUGCGGUGUGGUGUUGUCCAGCGGCCUCUGAUGUAUGGGCAGAAAGUGAUAGCCCAGUGCAGAAGUGGGCUGUUGCAGAACUGGAGUUUAUAGAGCUGUGGAAGAAGCUGAAUUCCAGCUUGGAUGGAGAUGAGAUUAAGUUAGUGGCUUGCACUCUAAGAGGUAUUUGGCUGAGAAGAAACUUAUUAAUUUUUGAAAAGAAAUUUGAGAGCUCGAAAAGAAUCUUGAGUGCUGCAAAACAAGGAAGGGAUGAGUUUAUUGCUGCCAAACUUCAGAAUUUCAAAAGUAAACCAGAUAAAGGAGAAGUUAAGUGGCAAAAACCAACAAAUGUGCUCGGCAAGUUUAAUUGGGACGCAUCAAUCAGUGUGCAGGAAAAGAAGGUGGGAAUUGGUGUGAUUGUGAGGAAUGCUGAUGGGGAUAUUCUGCAUGUUUGA